AUCGGGUCUUGUUGUUAUUGCUCAGCUGUGUUCUCGUGAGGCGGUGAUGAGCGUGUGGAAACGUCUCUGUGAAGCGUUUUAACGAGUGUGCUAGGACUUCGAGCACUGGGCAAGGAGGAAGCGAGGCAACAUGUCUGGAUCAGAAUACUGGCUCAUUUCUGCUCCUGGAGACAAGACCCCUCAGAACACAUAUGACAAACUCAACAAGGCAACUGCUAUCGACAACCAACUCUCCAUCAACCAUCCUUUCCACAUUCCUGACUUGAAGGUUGGCACUCUGGAUCAGUUGGUGGGUCUGAGCGAUGAUUUGGCUCGUCUUGACACAUUUGUUGAGAGCGUCAUGCGCAAGACGGCUCAUUAUCUUGGUGAAGUCCUGGAAGAUCAGCGUGACAAGCUGCAGGAGAAUCUCCUUGCAAACCAGGUAAACCUGGCCACGUACUUGACUAAGUUCCAGUGGGAGAUGGCCAAAUUCCCUGUCAAACAGAGCCUCCGUGGCAUUGUUGAUGCAAUUGGUCAGCAGGCAUCACAAAUUGAAGGCGAUCUCAAAGCCAAGGCUCAAAACUACAACAAUCUUAAGUCAAACCUGACAAACAUGGAACGAAAACAAGUUGGGAGCUUGUUGACACGAAACCUUGGUGAACUGGUGAAAAAGACAGACUUUGUUCAGAACAGCGAAUAUCUGGUGACUCUGCUUGUUGUGGUGCCAAAGAACCUCUUUGGGGAUUGGCUGGCGAAGUACGAGCACCUGACGGACAUGGUUGUGCCGCGGUCUUCCAAUCUCCUCUUUGAGGAUGCCGAGCACGGCCUGUACUCUGUCACUGUCUUUAAUAAAGUUGUUGAUGAGUACAAGCUGCACGCCAGAGAAAACAAGUUCGUUGUACGAGACUUCACUUACAAUGAAGAGGAGCUGUCUGCCGGCAAGACCGAGCUCUCCAAGCUCAUGAGCGACAAAAAGAAGCAAUUCGGCCCUCUUGUACGCUGGCUUAAAGUCAACUUUAGCGAGUGCUUCAUCUGCUGGAUUCACGUCAAAGCCAUCAGGGUGUUCGUCGAGAGCGUUCUCAGGUAUGGACUGCCGGUGAACUUCCAAGUGGUGGUGAUGCAGCCUGUCAAGGGCCGCGUGAAGCGCCUCAAGGAGGUCCUGAGUGGCCUCUACGCUCACCUCGACUCAACAGCCGUGGCUGGCAACGUUGAAACCUUGGACAUACCAGGCCUGGGCUUCAGCAGCGGAGAGUAUUACCCCUACGUGUACUUCAAACUCAACAUCGACCCACUCAGCGAACACAAAAUAUAAAUUUAUUUCUCGAUUGCUUUUGGCUUCACAAAGCCAUUAAGGCAAUGAAAAAGAGAAACCGUGGUUCUUAAGUGUCGAAUUUAUCUUGUACUCAACGGCGGUUCAGAAUAACGACUUUAAUUUACAGAACAUGAAACGGUUAUGCAACCAUCAUUUUUUCCAUCAAUUUUCGAUGUUACAGUUCGUUAGAUCUCUAGCCACAAUCAUUUUUUUUCUAUCAAUUUCCGAUGUUACAGUUAGAUUUCUAAGCCAUUGGUUCAACUGCCUAAAAGAAAAAGAAUAUGCAACAUAACAAACCAACCGCCAAAAUUGCUUUGCAAUGAACGAGAUUCGAUUUAUCAUUAAUUCAGCCUGCAAGCGUAUGCUCAUAUGUACCAUUGAUAAAAUACUUUUUUGCUGGAGUAAUAAUGAGUUCGUAAGUUAGGUUUAAACUUGAAGUAGUCAGCAAUCUCUUGUCAUUUAGAGGACUAGAUUACAGUGUUGAACGUAUAUAUUUAUGCUUGGAGUCUAGCUUAUGCAGUGAACAUAAAUAGAAGUUCUUGUUGACGAAUAAUUGGCACUUCCUUGGACGGGUUAACUUCCUGAAGUUUUAUUGAACAUAAAGAUUACCCUCCAACCUUCAUUUUAAUCCAUAGUUCAUGAACUACUUUCUUGAAUCAGUAAAUGAGGUUGGAGGACAGGAAUAUAUUGUUGCUUGUCAUCGAGAAUCGCUAAAGUUUUUUGUGUAAAUACCUAACAUUCCUCAAUAAUUCCUGUAUUGUUCUCCAGUCUGGAGGAUGACGCCGCAAAGUUUGAAGCUGUUCUUUUAGUGCCAUGCGCGUUGUA